AACUGCUGCAACUCGGCAGACGAAUUUAAUACAUAAUACAAACAUUGUAAUAUUACAAAUAAAGUAUGUUAAAUUAGUUUUUGUUUGUUUUGAGGUUUGAAAACGAUGAUGUGGAAAAACAUACUUCACUCUGUAUGCUUACUCUUCGUCUUCACUGAGUUGUCGGAAUGCAAGAAGAAGUCAAAGUCUGUGACAACUGUUCUUGAUGCAAAAUGGGAACAGACACCUUUGGUCCUUGAGAUAGCGGAGUAUUUAGCUGAGGAAAGCUCUGAGGUGUUUUGGCAGUUUGUCGAUGGGGUAGCAGCUUUAGAUAUCCCCUUGAUUGAUCUAGGCACGGAAAAGGCAGUGUACGAGCGAGCAUUGGCAGAAGCGAGUAGGUUGCUCUCACCAGCACAACUAUCAUUGCUCAAGUUGUCAGUGUCGCUACACGUCUACUCGCCUCGAGUGGAAAUGUACCACCAAAUGGCACUGGAGCGCGGGGUCAAGUGCCCGGCGGCAGUGGAUGUUGCUGGAACUGUUGUCUGCGAACCACACAAGAUUGAGGAGGCAGUGAAAGAAGCUCUGGCUCGUCCAGACUUAUCAAGAUUGGAGACGUUUAGGCUUGAUCAUCACUACCCUGGCUCAGAAAAUAAGAGUUUGGUUGCUAUAUUGUAUGGAGAGAUUGGUACACCUGAAUUUGCCCAGUUCCACAAGCGACUUCGUCAGUUGGCCACAUUGCAGCCUGUUGACUAUGUGUUAAGGCAUUUUGUCAAGGAGCGACCAAACAAGAAGUUGCGGUUGUCUGGAUAUGGAGUCGAGCUGCAACUCAAAUCCACAGAGUACAAGGCCCAGGAUGACACUAAGGUGAAGGGAACAGAUGGAGAUGACUCUCAGGAAGAGGAAGAAGACGUGGAGAUAGAGGGGUUUGUCAUCAGCAAACUUAAGAUGAUGUACCCUGACAAGAAGGAGCAGUUGGAGAAGCUAGCGCAAGAACUGACAGAGACGAGUGAUCAGCUGGCGCCACUCAAGGUGUGGCAGUUCCAGGAGUUGAGUCUACAGGCGGCGCAGAGGAUACUGUCAGCUCCUAGAGAGGAGGCACUGCACACGUUCACACACAUUGCUCAGAACUUCCCCAUGCAGGCCAAAUCACUGGUUAGAACCACGGUGAAUGCAGAUUUCAAGGCAGAGAUGGUUCGCAACCAGGAGAGGUUCGCAGCAACUCUCAAUCUACAACCGUCAGACACUGCGUUGUUCCUCAAUGGCAUCUUCUUUGACAUGGACCUCACUGACACCAUGGCCAUCCUGGACUCCCUGAGACAGGAGCUGAGGGUACUGGAGGGACUGCAUGCCUCUGGAAUAACGGAUAAGUCAACGUUGAGCUCCCUGUUGGGCCUGGACCUGAGUAGCAAUGGAGGUCAGGACUUUGCCAUAGACAUCAGAGACUCGGCCAUACAAUGGGUCAAUGACCUGGAAGUGGACAAGCAGUACAGGAGGUGGUCGUCUUCUCUCAUGGACCUGCUGAGGCCCACGUUCCCAGGGAUGGUGAGGCAUCUGCGGCGAAACCUGUAUAACCUGGUGAUCAUAGGGGACCCGUCCAAACGACCUGUCUGGCCACUGGUUAAGCUGGUAGAGUCGUUCUACGUACACACGGCUCCACUGAGGCUGGGGCUGGUGUUUGCCGUCAACAACACUGCGACAGGUAGAGAGGACGCUGGGGUCGCGCUGCUCAACGCUUACAACUACGUGGCGGAAGUCAAGAACGCUUACGAGGGUCUCAGCUUCAUUACUGAUGUGUAUGCAUCGGUCAAAACUGAGGGAGAGCGUGAUGUACAAGUGUCGGAUGUGAUCAAGCUGUUGAAGGCUCGUUAUCACUCUGCGGACAUCGAGGAGAUCCUUGGAGAGGACACAGACUACGACACAGGCCGUAAACUGGCUCAGGACUUUGUACAAAGAUCAGGCCUCAGGUCCCUACCUCAGGCCCUGAUAAAUGGAAUCCCAUUACCAGAGAAGACCCUCAACUCUGAUGAGUUUGAAGGAGCUGUGUUGACGGAGAUCAUGACCCAGACUCCGGCUGUACAGAAGGCAGUGUAUCGUGGAGAUCUCACUGACGGCAUGAAUGUACUGGACUACUUGAUGGAUCAACCCAAUGUGAUGCCCAGAUUGAACGAGAGGAUUCUGCAAACGGAGGACAGCAAGUACUUGGAUCUGGUGAAGAGUGCUGCCAAGCUGAGCGAGUCCAUGGUGUACAUCAACAGUAAACAAGCCAAAGACAAGGUGCAGCCACUGACGUACUGGGUGGUGGCAGACCUCAGUAGAGAUGCGGACAGGGAACUGCUCCUCACUGCUCUGGAACAGAUGAAGUCGAGUGGUCGUAUCAGAGUGGGGGUGGUCAUCAACGCAGCUGCAGACGCAGACCAAGCUGUCAACAAGCUGGUAGUAGCAGCAUUGAUGCAGGACCCUACCACAGCUACUGUCUCCAAGAUACUGAAGGAUGCUGACGCCAUUGCUCUAGGCGACAGACACCCUUCUGCUUACGGGCUUAAGGAUGUGGACUGGGAUACAGUCGGUGCAGUCCUGGAGCAGCACAGAGAGCAGGCAGCAUGGGUGCUAGGGUUCCCAGUAGGGGCCCGGGGCCUGGUGUGUAAUGGACGAGUGUUGGGGCCCCUCGACCUCUCAGAGCAGUUCACUUCUGAUGACUACAGUCUGCUGGAGCGCUUCACCAUGUCUACUCAUGUGGACAAAGUGUACAACAUGCUGACCAAGAAAAGCGAUGAGUUGGAUGUAACCAGUGACAUGGUGAUGAGGGCUGUCUCACUGUUGGCAGCCAGACCUCAGACUCGUAGCAGGUUUGAACUACCCGAACUUGGAGAAGAACACAGUGUGAUCAAGAUGGCUGCUAGAGACCCGUCCGCUCCAGCGCUAGACAUUGCUGUGGUGGUAGACCCAGUGUCCCGGGGAGCACAGAAGGUUGGACCCAUCUUGUCUGUGCUACAACAGGCCACCAACUGUCACAUACGCAUCUUCCUCAACUGUGUGGACAAACACUCGGACAUGCCACUCAAGAGUUUCUAUCGGUACGUACUAGAGCCAGAGGUACAAUUCACUGCCGACGGACACUUGGCGUCGGGCCCGAUGGCUCGGUUCUCCAACAUGCCACCAGCGCCGCUGCUGACACAGAACAUGCAUGUGCCAGACAACUGGCUGGUGGAGUCCGUGGCCAGUCCGUACGACCUGGACAACAUCAGACUGGAGGAGGUGGAGAGUGUGGUACACAGUCAGUUUGAGCUGGAGUACCUGUUGCUGGAAGGUCACUGUUUCGAGGCAGGAGGCAAUCCUCCCAGAGGUCUGCAGAUCACUCUGGGCACUGAGUCUGAGCCGGUGCAGGUAGACACUAUAGUCAUGGCCAACCUGGGCUACUUCCAGCUUAAGGCCAACCCUGGCGCAUGGAUACUGCGACUACGCCAGGGCCGGUCUGCGGAUAUAUUUGAUAUCACCAGCCACGAGGGAUCAGACACCCCUGAGAACUCUACAGACAUUAAAGCGUUGAUCAGCUCAUUCAGACCUCACGUGCUGAAGCUGCGAGUUACCAAGAAGCCUGACAAGCUGUACAUGGAUCUCCUCGGAGAAGAUGAUCAACCCAACAGUGGCCUGUGGAACUCCAUCACCAGCACGUUUAGCUCCAAGGACGAGCCAGUAGACCCGGCUGACACCACCAUCAACAUCUUCUCUGUAGCCUCCGGACACUUGUACGAGAGGUUUCUUCGCAUCAUGAUGUUGAGUGUGCUAAAGAACACCAAGUCUCCUGUCAAGUUCUGGUUCCUCAAGAACUAUCUUUCUCCCACGUUCAAGGACUUCCUGCCAAGGAUGGCCAAGGAGUAUGGGUUCGAGUACGAGUUGGUUCAAUACAAAUGGCCUCGCUGGCUGCACCAGCAGACGGAGAAACAGAGAAUCAUUUGGGGCUACAAGAUACUCUUCCUCGACGUGCUCUUCCCCCUCCACAUCAAGAAGAUCAUCUUUGUGGAUGCUGAUCAGGUUGUCCGAGCAGAUAUGAAGGAACUAGUUGAUUUAGACCUAGGAGGAGCUCCGUAUGGUUACACUCCUUUUUGUGACAGUCGAACUGAAAUGGAUGGUUUCAGGUUCUGGAAGCAGGGCUACUGGCGCAAUCACCUGCAAGGUCGUAGAUACCACAUCAGCGCUCUCUAUGUGGUUGAUCUUAAGAGAUUCCGCAAGAUAGCAGCCGGGGACAGACUGCGAGGACAAUACCAAGCUCUGAGCCAGGACCCCAACAGUCUGUCUAACCUUGACCAGGACUUGCCCAACAACAUGAUACAUCAGGUGGCCAUCAAGUCUCUGCCUCAGGAGUGGCUGUGGUGUGAGACAUGGUGUGACGACCAAUCCAAACAAUCGGCUAAAACCAUCGACUUGUGUAACAACCCACUGACCAAGGAGGCUAAGUUGACAGCCGCCAUGCGUAUUGUAGAGGAGUGGAAGGAUUAUGACGACGAGAUCAAGAGGUUACAGCUCCGGCUCGGAGCUACAGACGAACACGAAGAAGAAACUGUGACACAUCAAACACCAAGCCACAGAGAACACUCUGAGUUAUGACACUGCAGCCUCAGUCACGCAACUUCGCCGUUUGUUCGUCUCACUCCUAGCUGCUUUGUUUAAAAAGCAGUUUUUAUUUACUCUGAUGAAUUGUCCGGUUUGUUUCCUCAUUGUAUGAUGUAUGAUUUUCACCAAGUCAUCUGCGACUGACACUUUUAGUAUGUAAAGAUUUUUUUAGAUACUUAUAGUACGAACAUUGUUUUAAAGUGAUGAACUGUUUAUAACUAGUUUAGAAAUUCUGUCGAGUGUUAAGAUUAAUAUUUAUCAAGACUUUCCUGUAAACAAAUAUUCUUUAUUCUGGUCUUUACGUUCAUUAAGUAGCUAAAAGUUUGUGUUUGAAGGAUCUACCCAAGUGAUUGCAGAUAAAACAGUGUGAUUUUGGGAUAAAAACUCUUCUUUAUGUAUGAUUGAAGAUUUCAAAAAAUGCUGUGAAAUUGGGCAACAUAAAUUUGCUGCCGCAUGCACUGAGCAUGGGCGCUUUUUUUAUUGUUUCUGGUAUUUACAAUUCUUGAGAAUUCUCUCUGUACACACAUUUAGAAUACUACUUCCCUUAUUCUGAAUUGCAUUGUCAUAAAAAGUUUACCAAAUUUAAAGUUAUAUUUCCCAAGUAAAGGUGAUUUUAUUGCAAUUCUUAGACUUCAUCUUCCCAAUAACUCUUUUUUGUGCCAUAAUACAUACUUUUAAUGUUAUAGAAACACACAUGGUUGCAAGCUGCAACUUUUUGGAAUAAUGUGGCAUAAUCUAGAAAAGAAUAAAAUUUGAUCUUAAUCUUCCUCCUUAAUAGUUGAUAUAAUAAUUCCUGAUGUGAUUUUUGAUUACCUUUAGGAACUAUAAAUGUACAGACACUGUAAAAUAAUAUUAAUUAAAUCUUCUCACUAUUUUCAACCAUCAUUAUUUUAUGACAAUGUCUGUAGGGUUUUUUGGGAGGGAGUGGGAUUUAUUAUUGAUCUAAAGGCACCAGCAUAAAUUAAUUUAAUUACUUCCUCCAUUUUAUCAUCUCAAAAAAUGUUUAGUGACAAAACUGUAUAGCAAUCUUUCAACAGGGUAUGUUAUCCUUUUAACACGUUCGCUGCGGGCCAUCAAAUGGCAGGCGUAGCCCCAGUGCGGCGCAGCCCGCAGCGUCGAACAAACCCGAUUGCCGGGUGAUUGGCUCUCAUAUUUCGGUAUGACGAAUAGCAAAUAACGUGGGGUGAUGUCCUGUUUUGCUUAACACUCACAGAUAGCAGCACUGCUUGGAACGUAGCCGGUCCCAUCGUAUUGCCAAUUGGAGGGAGAAAGACGGGACAACAAGUUGAUUUUUAAGUUUGCCAGACGGGGAUUUUAUGGGGAAAUUUUACUACCAGCCUACAACACAACAAAAAGCAAGUCACCCACUACACGCUCACGUGGAAUAGGUCUGACUUCGAACGAUGCUAGAGCAAAAACGAUGAUAUACGAAAGGCAUUGCCGAGCGUAUCCGAUCGGUUACGGCAGCACCUGAACAGCGCUCGGCCCGUAUCCAAUCGGAUACGCCCGCAGUGAACGUGUUAAACAGUUAUGAAUGAUAUUUUUCACGGAAAGUAGCUGUUUUCUAUGACAGCUGAUAUCAAAGAAAAAAUUUUUUGUCAUACUGCACACUGCAGCGAAAACAGCCGUUUUUAAGACAUGCGUUGCGGGUCUAAAGUAGCAUUUUUACCUUUGGGAGUAAAAGGUGUUUUUAGCUUCUGGGGAGUCAAAAUCAGCUGUUGUCAUCUCAGUUGUAAAUUUAGAUUGUAAACAACGGCGUUUAUCGAAGGUAUGUAUUGAUUGUUUAAUCAGGCGUAGUUAAUUGUUUUCUUAUGGUAAAUAGUUCAACAUAUCGAUGUACACUUACACAAUAGACCAAACGAUUGAAUCACUUCCUGAACUAAAUUUGCAAACCAUACCUUCCAUUCCAUUGCAUUCCAACCAUUGUGCUUCCAUUAGCAAACUAAAUUGAAAACAAGUUAGAAGUAGUUUUGAGAUGUUAAAUGAAAACUAUUUGUAGUUUGUUCAAAUAAUGGUGCAAUAUGACAAAAAAUAUAGUCCAUCACAUGGUCAUUAAAACAGGUAAAAGUGUCUUUUCAAUUCUCACUCCCACUCAUUAUUUGACCUCGGCUUUGCCUCAAUCGUAAAACUGGAGCUCGGGUUGAAAGGAGUCACUUCAUGUUAACCUGUUAUUUUUUACUGUUUUUUAAGUCGUGAUGAAAAGUAUUGUUCAAAACGUUUGCCCAAAACCUAAAGUGAUGUACUGGUACUUGCUCCAAUUAUUCCCGUACUCACAAGUGAGGCAGGUGUACCUGUAAUCUGCUUUGCCUCACAUAAUAUGAAAUUUGAGCGUGCAUCGUAAAAUGCCACUUUAUGUACUUGUAUGAAAUAUACUAUGUAUUUAUGAACAAAGAAAAAAAUCAAUCUAGAGAAGCACCAAUUUAUAAAAUGCAAAGUGAUGCAUUCCUAAGAAAACUCAUUUCAUUCAAAGAACUUUUACCUUAGAAAUUAUUAAAAAUUAAUAUCUGUGAUAAAUUCUUUUAUUUAAGUACGUUCUUGUACUUCUUUAAAAAAUUUGUUUGUGUUUAAAGUUGUAUCAUGAUUAUUUUUCAGUAGAUAUUAAAAUUUUUGAAUCCA